AUGGCUGCAAAGAAAAGAGAGGGGCCCGUGUUUGCCACCUACCCCAACGAGGAUUAUGACCGGCGUAACGAAGACGUGGAUCCCAUGGCGGCAUCUGCCGAGUACGAGCUGGAGAAGAGGGUGGAGAGGCUGGACCUGUUCCCCGCAGAGCUGGAGAAAGAUGGCGAUGGCCUGGGCAUCAGUAUCAUCGGGAUGGGUGCAGGAGCUGACAUGGGCCUGGAGAAGCUGGGCAUCUUCGUCAAGACGGUCACAGACGGAGGAGCAGCACAAAGGGAUGGCAGGAUCCAGGUGAACGAUCUGAUCGUGGAGGUGGACGGGACCAGUUUGGUUGGAGUCACCCAGACUUUUGCCGCCAAUGUACUCAGGAACACCUCAGGAACCGUCAAGUUUGUGAUCGGGCGAGAGAAGCCGGGCGAGCAGAGCGAAGUGGCCCAGCUCAUCCAGCAGACCCUGGAGCAGGAGCGCUGGCAGAGGGAGAUGAUGGAGCAGCGCUACAACCAGUACAUGGACGAGCAGGAGGGUGCAGAAUAUGGCACAGAUGAAGAAGAGGAUGAGGAUGAGGAGGUCAGUCCGCCGUAUCCCAGCGCCAUCGAGGUGUUUGACUUGGCAGAGAACGAGGACAUGUCGCCCCUGGAGACGGAUCCUGAGAAACUGGCCCAUAAAUACAAAGAGCUCCAAAUAAAGCAUGCUGUGACGCAGGCUGAGAUCCAGCAGCUGAAAAGAAAGCUGCACCACGCGGAGCAGGACAAGCAGCGCUGGCGGAUGGAUAAGGCUCAGCUGGAACAGACGCUGCAGGAGAACAAGGAGCGCAUGGAGAAGCUGGAGGGCUACUGGAUGGAGGCUCAGAGCCUGUGCCAGGCGGUGGACGAGCACCUGAAGGAGACGCAGACCCAGUACCAGGCCCUGGAGCGCAAGUACAGCAAAGCCAAACGGCUGAUCAAGGAAUAUCAGCAGAAGGAGAUUGAGUACCUGAAGAAGGAGACCCAGCGUUGUGCACAAGUUGGGGCUGAGGCCUCCCUUCUGAAAGAGGAGUCAGGACAGCUUCAAGAACAGGUGGCGGACCUGGAGUGCCGGGUGGAGGAGCUGAAAUCGGAACCUUUAUAAGCCUUUUUUUCUUUUUUUCUCCGUCGUGUGUCUCAGAAAGCAGAAACUUCACCAGAUGAAGUAGACGAUUGUGUUGUAGUACUUGCAAUGAACCGCAGGGUAUUUCUUCUCUCCGACCUGAGCUUGGUGUCCGGUCACAUACUGUACAUGUGUCCCCCCCCCACCCUGCCCAGGCUUUGUAUUUCAGUCAUUUCAACCCUUCGGAAUCAUUGUUUUUCUGUUAACAUUAAUGGGAACGUGAAGAACGGAUCUUAUCAUCAACGAAUACAGACUCUGUUGAGCUCUAGAUGUAAUGUUCCUUUUUUUAUAAGUUCAGUAUUUAAUCCCUUAAUUUGUUGUUUUGUGACAGACCAUGCUGUUGCUUUUUAAUUGCCAAAAAAAAAAAAAACCUCCUUUCUUUUGACUAGUUUCGUGACCUCUUUAUUUUCUGAGUUUGUACAGAUGUGAUACUGUGUGGUUUAACAAUCAAUUUGGUUUGUAAAAAUUUUUAUUAUGUGUAUAACAUUUAACAUAAUAUAAACUAAUGAGAUUGAGGAUUGUUGUAUAUUUUAUGUGACGAAGACGUGUAAAUUGGACGGAGAUUGCACUGAAGAAGACAUCACACCGGGUGCUUCACUGGAACGGAGGAAUUAAACGGGAAUGAGACGGUUUUUUUUGUUUUUGUUUUGUUUUUUUGAAGUUGUACAAACGGUAACCCAACCUUCAUAGGGGUCUUGUCACUUAACCUUGAAAACCACCUGCUGCCUACCUUUCAGAAGUGUUUGUGUAUUUUUUACACAUUAAGACUCAGUAACGAGCGACCGAUCCUCCAGUUUCAACCCCUCGCUUCUUUGAAAAUACAACAAAAAAAAAGGACCACAGAGACGAGCCUCCACUACUGCUGUGCCACAAAUGAAAAUGGAUCUUUUUUUCCUCCCUUCUAAAAAUGGAUGUUGUCAAGGACUUGUGUAACUGGUAUUAGUUAGGACUACUGAUGUGAGAAACAUUACUGGGCCGGGGUGUUAAAGGAGCCGUUACCAGCAGCAAAGUUGCAGAAUUAAACAAAAACAAACCAGCAGCUGCACUUGGCACCGCUGUGUGUAGCACAUGGAAAACACUGCCAGGUUUCUACCUGUUUCAAUUUACGCACAGUUUAAAAUGAAACUCGAGUCAACUUGUCAUAUACCAGUAUGUUUGUAUAGUUCAGGUGAGACUGAAAUAUUUUACGUAAUAUUUAUAAUAUAGUCCAGGUGGGGAAAUAAGAAAGCUAACAAGGACAAAAACUUUACAAAAGCAAUGUUCAAUAGACAACGUUAUACUGUGUCAUGUAAAACAAGUAGUAGAUCUAAAUGACGACAAAAACAAAGAUUAACAAAUUGAAAAAAAGGCAUGGUUAUGAGUAUUUUCAUAAUAUUAAGGCUUGUACAGUGCACAUGCUUUGCAUUGUAUGUUUUGUGGAAUAAAUGGUCAACAGU